AUGUCAGUCCAAGAAAUAAAUAAACAUGCAGUUCUCCCUCCCAUCAUUAGAAGAAGUGACAAGGAAUUUUUGGAAAGCAUGCAGAGAUACAUAAUUACAGAAACUGAAAGAGUGGGCUGUAAUGAGGAAGGACCUGCUGAUGAAUAUUACAUCAUAUACCGAAAUGUUUUUGAUAAGUCUCCUAGGAAAAAUUUCAGUACCAUAGGCAGAAAAAUCUUAUUUCAGGUAAUAGAAUAUGUCAGUGCAUACAAAUCCAUUCUUACUUCAAUCAAAAAAGAAUAUGAUGCCUUUAUCGAGACAAUUAAGAAAGGCCGAAGAACUGCAUUUUAUCUCCAUGGAAAACUUAGAGUUUUGGCAGCAGAGCCCACAGCCUUGGUAUAUCACAGGAAAAGAAAAAUCCAACUUGAAACAAAAAUGAGGAUUAUUGAAAAUAAUUCCUUGAAGAUUCGAUUGCAGAUAGAUCAAAUGAAAAAGCUUAGGGCAGAGUAUGACACAAAAGAAGUAAAAUAUUGUACUUUCUCCAAAGAUCCUUCAAAACCUAUUCCAGGCAUGACUCUCCAGGAAUCUGUCAAUCUAAACGCUCUCACUAAAUACAUGAAACAUCUUGAAGAUAAAUACGCAGAAAUUAAACAAGCUAUUUCAAUAAACUAUGUACCAGCUCAGAGGAAGGCUGAUUUAGAUGAGGAAAUGAUUGUGGUGUUAAAACGGCUAGAUGUAGCUGAACAUAGGAACAAAGAGUUACAGUUUCGUCAUCAAAGACUGCAGAUUAUUUCACAUGCACUUACUUCAUGGGUAAAAUCUGAUAUGAGCAGCUCAUUUCAAGACCUCGUGGAGCAAAUUCAGAAAACCAAGGAUUUACAUGGUGAUGAAGGUAUUGUUGAGGAACUACUUGAAGAUGAUCCAAGCAAGGCAAAAGAAGCUGAAAUUAUGCUUUACUACAUUGAAAGGUUCAAUGAAUUAAUCUCGCAUGGUGAAUAUGAAAAGGCAGCUUAUUUUGCAGCAAACAGUCCUAGAAGAAUUCUUAGAAACAUUGAUACAAUGAAUAAAUUUAAGGCUGUUGGAAAAAUUAGAGGAGAGCCUCUUCCAUUACUGUUAUUUUUUGAGGCUGUCUUUAGUACAAGUCAUGCUUUUAGACAUCCUGUUAAGGCAGAUCUAACCCUGGAGGGAAUCAAAUGUGGAUUAUCUGAAAAACGGCUAGAUUUAGUCAUCAAUUGGGUCACACAGGAAAGGCUGACAUUUUCUGAGGAAGCUGGGGAUGUGAUUUAUGAUUAUGGGGAGCAGGAUACUUAUAAUAAGGCCAAGUGCCUGGCUUUGGCUCAAAUUAUCUACCAUGAAUGUGGCCAACGCAAGAAAGCUCUUCUUUGCCUGUGUAAACAAGGUCAGAUUCAUGGGGCCAUGGAAUAUAUACAACAAUUCAAGGACUUUAUUUCUGAUGACUUGAUGCAGCUAAUAACGUUAUGUCCUCAAACUGAAUUAAUUCAAUGUCUCACUAAAGAAUGGAAUGGGAAACCACCAUCUUUAUCUUUUGGUCUUGUUGUACUUCAUCUGUUCUCUGUAGAUAUGGAAAAAAUUGGUAUUAAACUACUUCAAGAAAUAAGUAAAGGUGGAAGAGAUGCAGUAGAACAUCUUGUGAUAAAUGAUUCACUUUGCUCUCUAGAAACAUGGGAAGAAAUGGCAAAUAUAUGUUUACAGAAUGGCUUUGACAGAUUAUCUAAUGACAUUAUGUCCAUUCUUCGAUCUCAGGCUGGAGUUACAGAAAUUUCUGAAGAGGAUGAUACAGUCAACUUAAUGGAACAUGUUUUUUGGUAG